CCCAUCACAGUCGACAGAUUGAUAUCCAAAACUCCUUGAUACUGAUAUGCAUUGUGUAAACAUGCUGGCCAUAUUGACAACGAUUCUCAUGGUUUCUGCUGCAUAUGCUGUGCAAUGGCCAGCAGGAAGCUAUACGCUGGUGAAAGCAAAAACCGGAUGUCCUACUGGAUGGAAAGAAGGAUGGAGAAAACAAGAUAAUGAAGACAAAAACAAUAAAAACGAACUUACAAGCGGACAUCAUUUCUACGGUACCUUUGGAUCGAACAUGAAGUUUUAUUAUUGUACCAAAGACCAACAAACAACCUCUGGAACUCAAAGUUGGCCAAAUGGACAUUAUUGUAUUCUAAGACAAGGAAUAUCCUGUCCACCAGGUUUCCAGACCGGAAGUAUCUAUUGGGAUGACGAAGAUAAGAAUAAUAGCAACGACAAGGACGGAGUACUACCUAGUGGACAAUUCGAUAAAGAUACACUUAUUGACUACUGUUGCAGAUCUGAUGGAUCCUACAGCACUAAGAUUCUCCUUCCAACAGAGAAACCAUUCUAUCUGCUACGCUUUACAUCAUCACCAUGCCAACAGGUAAAAGGGAUGAUUGCUAGUGAGGAAAUCAUCAAAACAGAUGACGAGGACAACAACAACAAAAACAGCAACAGUGGAAGUCACCCCUUGAAUGGUGGAACCAGAGACAAUAAGCUCUACUACUGCUAUUAUCACUGAUCUAUUUCACUAAACAUAGUAUAAAAUGUAUAGAAUGUAGUCUUGGUUUUCCUAGAUAUCUUU